GUGAAGGGUGAGGAAGAGGAGGAGAACACCUUGGAAGUAAGAGAGACUAAAGUUAAGGGCAAAAGUGGAAAAUUCUUCUCUGUGAAGCUGCCAUCUCCUUUGGCACCAGGAGCCAAGAUCCGUGUAUCUGUUGAAAUGGUUUUCACACAUGUCCUGCAGCCCUACCCCACUCACAUCACCCAAAGCGAGAAGCAGUUUGUGGUCUUUGAAGGAAAUCACUAUUUCUACUCACCGUACUUCACCAAGACCCAAACGACUCGAGUCAAACUGGCCUCUAGGAACGUGGAGAGUUACACCAAGCUGGGCAACCCUUCCCGGACUGAAGACAUGAUUGAAUAUGGCCCCUUCAAGGACAUUCCUCCAUACAGCCAGGACACUCUGAAGGUACACUAUGAAAAUAACAGUCCUUUCCUGACCAUCACCAGUAUGACCCGAGUCAUCGAGGUGUCUCACUGGGGGAACAUUGCGGUUGAAGAGACAGUUGAUUUAAAGCACACAGGAGCAGUGCUGAAAGGUCCUUUCUCCAGAUACGACUACCAGAGACAACCAGACAGUGGGAUCUCUUCUGUCAAGUCUUUUAAGACCAUUCUCCCAGCUGCUGCUCAGGACGUCUAUUACAGAGAUGAAAUCGGAAACAUCUCCACCAGCCACCUGCUUGUCCUGGAUGACUCCGUAGAGAUGGAGAUCCGUCCCCGCUUCCCACUUUUUGGGGGAUGGAAAACCCAUUACAUCAUCGGCUAUAACCUGCCAAGCUAUGAAUACCUCUACAAUCUCGGUGAUCAGUAUGCCCUGAAAAUGAGGUUUGUUGAUCACGUGUUUGAUGAACAAGUUACGGACUCUCUGACUGUCAAGAUCAUCCUGCCAGAAGGUGCCAAGAAUAUCCAUGUGGACAGCCCCUAUGAAAUCAAUCGUGCUUCUGAUGAACUUCACUACACAUAUCUGGACACUUUUGGACGUCCAGUUAUUGUGGCACACAAGAGCAACUUGGUGGAGCAGCACAUCCAAGACAUCGUGGUUCAUUACACCUUCAACAAAAUCUUGAUGCUGCAGGAGCCUCUGUUGGUGGUUGGAGCCUUUUACAUCUUGUUCUUCACUGUGAUUGUUUAUGUGAGGCUGGAUUUUUCCAUCACUAAGGAUCCAGCUGCUGAAGCUAGGAUGAAGGUUGCCUGCAUCACAGAGCAAGUGCUUACGCUGGUGAACAAGAGACUUGGGCUAUACCGUCACUUUGAUGAAGCAGUAAAUAAAUACAAGCAGUCACGGGACAUCUCCACCCUGAACAGUGGCAAAAAGUCUUUGGAGACGGAGCACAAGGCCCUGACAAAUGAAAUAGCCUCUCUGCAGUCUAAACUGAAGACAGAAGGCUCUGACUUAUGUGAUAAA